AUGAAAGAUAUAGAGCCAACAUGUAGUCUGGAAGAACAUGCCAAAAAAAUAGAACAGGCAAUCAAAAUUAUAGUAGAGGCAACUGUACCUGCAAAAAUAACAACCAAAAAACCAUGGAUUUCUGAAGAGACGCUAAAACUAGCUGACGAAAAACGCAGACUAAAACAACUAAGAAACGUUUCCCUAGAAUAUGCACAACAAUACAAAGGCCUAUGUAGGAAAGUUAAGAGAUCAGCAAGACAGGACAAAGAACAUUGGAUACAAGAUCAAUGUGAGCAAGCUGAAAAAGGUUUAAAUAUUGGAAAUACAAGAGAAGCAUAUGGCCUCAUAAAAAUGUUAAGAAAAGAAUUUGUACCUCGAUUAAAUGUCAUACGAAAUCAAGAGGGAACAAUGUUACAGACAAAGGACGACAUCAAACGAAGGUGGACACAGUAUUGUAGCAGUCUGUAUAAAGAUCCUGGAGGCGGAGAUGGGAUGGUAAAGGAACUUGAAGACAUUGCACCUCCCGGAGAGGAAGUUCCUCAGGAUAUCUUGUAUUCAGAGGUACAAGCAGCGAUAAAUUCAUUAAAAAGGAAUAAAAGUCCAGGAUCAGACGGCAUAACAGCGGAAAUGUUACAAGCUGGGGGCGAACCGUUAUCACGAGAAAUCCACAAACUCUGUAACAAAGCAUGGCAUGAAGGUACGAUUCCAGAAGAAUGGGGCAAAUCUAUAUUGGUACCUAUACCAAAGAAAGAUGUUACGCAGUUGGAUAUACCUUUAUGUAAUACAUGUUAUCGAUACUAUAGUCGGCAAAUGAGAGCAGCAUCUAUUAAUGCAACAGACUAUUCAAUGGAAUCAGAUUUUGGAGGUACUUCAAAGACUUUUGCUAAUGCAUCAUCUCAAACCGAAGAUUCUAAUGUUACAAUUCUAACUCGUUCUGAUUCAGUUAAUAUGAUUGUCGAUACUCCAGCUACUAUUGACGUGACAGCUUCUGUAACUACAUCUACUGUAGUUUCGAAAUCCUCGUCGUCGGUCGCGUCUCCCGCUUCUAUAUCGUUUUGUUGUCUACCUACAUCUCACGGUCGCUGUUCAAUAUGUCAUGUUGAAUUUUCUUGUAAUUCUUCAACAUUAGUUAGUAGCAAUGAUGUCCGAGCUCCAGCGUUUUUGGAGCACGAUAUAUUAAUUGUAUUUGGUUCACGAUGCUGUGUUAAACAUAUUGAUUCCGGCUAUUUAAACGCUGGAGCUUUACAACGUAUUCGAAAUAAUGAAAACAAGUGUUAUCUUUGCGUAGAAGAGUUUGUAAACAUUUUUACUAUAGUCAAAAAUGAAUUUCUAUUGAAGGCCUCGACAAUAAAAGAACUAAACAACGCUCCACCAUUGAACUUCGAUGAUUUAACAUCUCUCACGUCGGAUAAUUAUUAUGUUCUUACAGGUCUGAACCGCGUCGACUUCGAUGAUCUUUGCUCACGCAUUCCAUCUCCUGCAUUGAGAAGCACUCAUAAUCGGUCAGCACGAACUGCAAUUGCUUGUCUAUUAAUGAAAUUAAGAUUAGGAAUUAGUAAUCAAGUCUUAGCAACUUUAUUCUCAUUUAACGAUAAACGGACUGUAUCUCACGUGGUUCAUAGUGCACGUAAAGUUCUUGUUGAAUAUUUUGUGCCUAAUUUUCUCGGAUUCGAACAUAUCAAACGAAGAGAUGUGAUCAAUUUGCAUACACGUCCAUUAGCAUCUGAACUAUUGGCCGGUCAAUCUGAUCGUGCUAUAUUAAUACUCGAUGGUACUUACAUCUAUUGUCAAAAGAGUGCAAAUAACUUAUUGCAAAGACGAACGUAUAGUAUGCAUAAAGGAAGACCGUUGGUCAAACCGAUGUUAAUUACUACAACGACCGGUUACAUUGUGUCAUGUAUGGGACCUUACUUUGCGGAUUAUAAAAAUAAUGAUGCUGAGAUAACUAAGCAUAUUAUAUACCUUGCCAAUAGACUACUGAUAAAAUAA